AUGCUAAUCUACCAAUUUUACAACGCAAACGUCCUGUCGAGUCUUUUGAACGAGCAAUACAACAGCAUACGGAACCUCAAAGAUCUGCUAGAGAGCAAUUUGAAAGCUGGCGUUGAAGAUAUGCUGUUCAACAGGGACUACUUCAAGCGCACGACGGACCGGCUACCUCUCCAGCUGUACAACCAGAAGAUAGCGACAGGCGGCGGCCACAACUUCUUCGACGCCGCCCGCGGGAUGGCGCUAGUGAGGGGCGGCGGGUUCGCGUUCCAUGUGGACACGUCGGCGGCCUACCGCGUGAUGCGCUCUACAUUCAGCGACGGCGAGAUAUGCGAGGUCGGGGAGGUAGCCCUCUUCCCGCCGCAGUACGUUGGCGCGGUUGCCAAGAAACGCUCCCAAUACAGGGAGCUCAUCGCCGUGGGCAUCAGCAGAAUGCUGGAGACAGGGCUUAUGAGCAGGAUAAAGUCUAUCUGGGACAGUCCUAAGCCGCCAUGCACCAAAAUGCGGUACAGCAGCAUCAAGGCCGUCACCAUUCGGGAGUUUUCGUUGGCACUGCUCUUCUUCACCGGCGGCAUUAUAGCCGCAAUGUUUGUCCUGCUAUGCGAGAGUCUGUCAGCUCUUGGCGUGGCAGGUGACGAGCUCGUCGGCAGCGAG